AUGGCCUCGUGGCUUCGCUCCGAAAAGAAAGGCAACCAAGAACAUAUUCCUCCACCACAACUGAAAUCAAGAAUACCAAUCAGAGUGACUCGCCUAUGCAGCGACAAUUUCAGAAGUUCCUCGUCAAAGGACAAAGCAAAUAAAAAAGUGCGUCUGCAAAGAGAUUCAGAGAGCAAAGUUCAAAACAAGAGGUUUUCGCGGAUUCCGAUUGUGGUGUAUGAUAAGAAGACCAAAGUUGAUUCUAAAGAAAAUCUAACCAAGAAUUUCAAAACUACUAAAGGAGAAAAACCUCUUGGAAGAGAUUCAGGUAUUAAACUACGAGAUUCUCAAGGUAAACAGGACAAGAAGAUGGCAAGCGCCAUUCCUUUAACCAGAGCUAAAUAUGGCAUUUAUAGGCGCGCUAAAGAAACAACGCCAAAAGUCAGGCGACGCGUACCACGACAGCUUCCACCCACAGCGACAGAGUCGAAAAAGGUCUGCAAGGAUGAGAAAGAAUCGCGAGAAGAAAGCUCAGCUAGCGAGGAAUCAUCCGCAGCCAUGGCGAAGGAAGUCACGCCAGAUUUUGAAUGUAACGCUACACCUGUGCAUGAGGAAGAGCUCCGUAUGGGGGCCGAAGAAAAUUUCAGUGGCAGCGAGUUUGGUGACGGCUUUGGACGUCACUCACAAUCUAGCGACGAGAAAGCAAUGUCCAAUGAACCCCUAUGGCUAAGAGAGGAGUACAAGGAGCGAGAAGAAAGAGAGGAUAACAUAAACAUCAUGAAAGGUGACGCCACCGUUACAAGAUCGGCGCGAAAUAUUAGACUGCAACCAGUGUUUGAUGCAGAGAACAAGGUGGAAGAAAAUGUUUUGAAUGAGGAAAAAUUGGACUGUAGCUCUUUCACUGAGUCCAGCGGAUACAAAGGGAAAAUGGCUGAGCUGGGCGAAAAAUUCAGAUGGCUCAAGGCACAGUUUGCGGAGGAAAACAGAGAGGCUAUUGAAUCUAUGAACAAGAUAGAAGUGGAGAUCAAACAGAGCCAGGCCAGGGAAGAUAGCGUUGCAAAUGAGAUUGAGGAGAUGCGACGGAAACAGGAUGAAAUAAAAGACGACCUGGAACUCUUAGAUGAGAUGGAGAAAGGUCGAGAGCCCGAGGACAAAAAAUGGAGAGAGAAGAUGGACAAGAAAAAGAUCAAAGUGGCGCAUAGACUGGAGAAGAUAAGAGCCGAACAGCGUAAAUAUCAAGAACAGACAGCUGAUGAAAAUGACUCAACAGAUGAGACUGAUCGACCAGAUCAGAAUUCAAUUGAAAGUCCAGAGAGUGAGAGAUUCAAACAUGUCACCCUAGAAAACGAAACCGUCAGAAACACAGACAUCGGCAACAAAGUGUUAUAUGAACCUCACGAGAUUAAAGAGUACGAAGGUGUAAAGGAGCUAGAAAAGAAGCGGAAAGAACUGAGGCAGUUGAAGAGACUGGAAAAAAAGGCGAUCAAAAGAGAGAAGUUAGAAGAAAAAGAACGUAAGAAGAUCGAAAAACAGAUGCGAAAAUUUGCUAGCAAACUUGAGAAACUCUCAGGUAAGAGUUCAAAGGCUUUGGAAGAAACUGCAGAGAUUUCUAAGUGUAUAAAUCAGCCCAUGGAGGCUACCAAUACAGCGGUGAAAGACAAAGUUGAUGAAACCCCGAAAGUGAAUGAAAUUAAACCACACGUCGAUACCACUUCAGAUAUCGCAGAGCCCAAGCAAGUCCAAGCAGCUCACUCUCCUGGAUUUAACACGAAUGGAACGGAAGUUGAACAGUUAGGAGAGAUGUUGACCAAGGUUGAAAACAAAAAACAUAUAGCUUUAGAUUCAGAUGCCUCCGCUAAAGUGGAAUUGGAAGAGCAGUCUUACAGUGACGCUGUGAAAGAAAAGCAGAAAACAUAUGACUGUUCUGACGGACAGAGAAAGAGAAUCGAUGACAAUAAUGAAAUUGUUAUAGUGUCCAUUGGGCCAUUGUUUCGUUUACCAGAGGUUGGGGAGGCCAAUCUAACACUGCGAGACACAGACUCCAUACUUGACGAAUCAGUGGACAGCGAACACAGUAACCGAAAUUAUAGUAACGAGGAAGUGCCUCGACAGGAUAAAUUUGACUGUUUCCUUGAUGAAGUCGAGGGAGGCAUACGAACAGAGGAAAGCAGGUCUAAGAGUUUACAGAGGGCUGAGAAUGAAGAAGACGAGAAAAAUUUCAGUGAAUGCUGCGCCUUAUCAAGAUAUCAGCGAUCGGUAGCAGCAGUCGUAAAUAUAUCGGAAUAUUUAAUCCAACAAGAGUUGUCUAAGGCUUUAGAAACUGCUAUACCAGACAGUAGAAAAGACUAUACAUCACGAUCGGAAGACAGUUCCUCAGAAGAAGAACCAAACCUCCAUAAAGAAAACGAGGAAAUGGAAUUUUGGAAACUAAAAAGGGAAAAAACCGACCUCGAGAUACAGAUUUUCGUCGCUAACAACGAACUUGAAACGUACCGAAAGAGGAUCGAAACUGUACAGGCUGACCUGGACGAGAGCAAAGUAAAGGUAAAGCGACUGCAGUCUGAGGGGGAAUACAAAGAAAGAGAGCUGGAAAAUUUAAAACGUGAUUUCCAGAGAAAGGAGCAGAAAUGGGAAGAAGGAAAUGAACUCUUGGAAGAAGUUAUGGCGGAAAGAAGAGCGUUAUGGGAUGAUGUUGAUUACUUAGAGGAAAGCUUAAAAAACAGUCAAGAAAGCAAUGAAGGAGCAUAG